ACAUGUGACUGUGAAGACCACACCCACCCAUAAGUUUGUGUUUACAGUCAAGACCCACCACACUGUGGCACCUGGAAGCAUCGCCUUCAGCCUGCCUCAGAGGAAAUGGGCCGGUCUCUCCAUUGGCCAGGAGGUGGAAGUGUCCAACUACAACUUUGACAAGUCCAAGCAGUGCAUCGGCACCAUGACAAUCGAAAUCGACUUCCUGCAGAAGAAGAGUACCGACUCCUCCCCCUACGACUCAGACAAGAUGGCUGCCGAGUUUAUACAACAGUUCAACAACCAGGCCUUCUCUGUUACCCAGCAGCUCGUGUUUAGUUUCUGCGACAAGCUGUUUGGCUUGAUGGUAAAGGAUAUCGAGGCCAUGGAUGCCAGCAUCCUCAGAGGAGAGCCAGCCUCUGGAAAGAAACAGAAGAUCGACAUCGGGCUGAUGGUGGGAAACAGCCAGGUGAUUUUUGAGAAGGCAGAGAGUUCAUCCCUUACACUGGUUGGUAAGGCAAAGACCAAGGAGGCCCGACAGACAAUCAUCAACCCAGAAUGGAACUUUGAGAAGAUGGGAAUUGGAGGUCUGGACAAGGAAUUCUCUGACAUUUUCCGCAGAGCCUUUGCUUCCCGAGUCUUCCCUCCAGACAUUGUGGAGCAGAUGGGCUGUAAGCACGUGAAGGGCAUCAUGCUGUUUGGGCCUCCGGGCUGUGGUAAAACGCUGAUGGCCAGGCAGAUCGGUAAGAUGCUCAAUGCCCGUGAGCCCAAGGUCGUCAACGGCCCAGAGAUCCUCAACAAGUACGUAGGAGAGUCUGAGGCCAACAUCCGCAAACUGUUUGCCGACGCGGAGGAGGAGCAGAAGAGGCUCGGAGCCAACAGCGGCCUCCAUAUCAUCAUCUUCGAUGAGCUGGACGCCAUCUGCAAGCAGAGAGGCACAGGCGCCAGCAGCACAGGCGUGCACGACACUGUGGUCAACCAGCUCCUGUCUAAGAUUGACGGUGUGGAGCAACUUAACAACAUCCUGGUCAUCGGUAUGACCAACAGGCCUGACCUGAUAGAUGAUGCCCUGAUGAGGCCUGGCAGGUUUGAGGUCAAGAUGGAAAUUAGUCUGCCUGAUGAGAAGGGGCGUGUCCAGAUCCUGACCAUCCACACCAACAAGAUGCGAAACUUCGGCCUGCUCGCUCCUGAUGUCGAAAUCAAGGAGCUGGCAGCCGAGACUAAGAACUACAGCGGUGCAGAGCUGGAGGGGCUGGUCAGGGCUGCCCAGUCCACUGCCAUGAACCGACACAUCAAGGCUACAUCUACAGUGGAAGUGGACAUGGAGAGGGCAGAGAAGCUGCAGGUCACCAGAUCUGACUUCAUGGGGUCCCUCAACAAUGACAUAAAACCUGCGUUUGGUACAAACCAGGAGGAUUACUCCACCUACAUCAUGAACGGCAUCAUCAAAUGGGGAGACCCAGUCACUCAUGUCCUGGAUGAUGGAGAGCUGCUGGUACAGCAGACCAAGAACAGUGAUCGCACACCACUGGUGGCUGUGUUAUUGGAGGGUCCACCCCACAGUGGAAAGACGGCCUUGGCAGCUAAGAUUUCAGAGGACUCGCAGUUCCCCUUCAUUAAGAUCUGCUCUCCAGACAAGAUGAUUGGAUACUCAGAGAUCUCUAAGUGCCAGGCAAUCAAAAAGGUCUUUGAGGAUGCUUAUAAGUCGCAGCUCAGCUGUGUGGUGGUGGAUGACAUUGAGCGUCUGCUGGACUAUGUCCCCAUCGGACCUCGGUUCUCCAACCUGGUACUCCAGGCUCUGCUGGUGCUGCUGAAGAAAGCUCCCCCAAAGGGCCGGAAGCUGCUCAUCAUUGGCACCACCAGCAGGAAGGACGUGCUGCAGGAGAUGGAGAUGUUGGACGCCUUCAGCACCACCAUCCACAUUCCCAACAUCUCUACUGGGGAGCAGCUAGUUGACGCUUUAGAGCUGCUGGGGAGCUUCACGGAUAAAGAGCGCGCCAGCAUUGCACAGCAGCUCAAAGGGAAGCGAGUCUGGAUUGGCAUCAAGAAACUCCUUGGGCUCAUCGAGAUGUCGCUGCAGAUGGACCAGGAUUACAGAGUGUCCAAGUUCCUGUCUCUGCUCAGAGACGAGGGGGCUGACCGCAGCUUCUAUGAGUAGAGGGCUCUGGAGGAAUGAAGCAACCAUCUCGCCACCAACAAGCCAUCCACAGGACACCCACCCACGGCCCAUCCAUCCAUCCGUCUGUCGGUCUAUCUGAAUACACACCUGGUCCAAGAGAGGAACAAAGGAGUCCUCUUCAUCUCAGCAUGUCUCCACCUCUCUCCAUCCUCCUGCUCAUUAUCACCUACUACACGACAUAUCGCAGCAAACUACUGGAAGUCGUACUGUUACAAAUCUGUUAUCUGUAAAGAAAUUGCAAUAGAUGAUUGUAAAAAAGUGCUGUUUUGUGCAUCGUGCGUAAAAAUAACAACAAAAAAAGCCAUGUAUGUUUUUCGCUAUAGUAUGUGUUGUAAUUGUUGCAUAUCUCUCGUCCUGCUAAAGGUAGUUAUUGUUAUUGUGAUAUGUAUCCUCACAAACACAAAAUACACCCGGACUGACACAAACCCAGAAGCCCUUUGGAUAUUAAGAUGUGAAUCUAUGAGAGGCUUUUAGUGAAUGUGUAGUGGCUGUAAAAAAGAAGCUGUUCCAUGUGUAAAUGUAAACCCUUUAAAUAUACAGUAUGUAACUUGUUCAUGUUCUGUAAAUAGUAUAUAUAGACAAAAUGCAGUAUAUCACCAGAGUAAUUUAAAUGAUCUGUACCAAGUCUAUUUCGUACUAUAUCAGUAUGAUUCUUCUUCCCUUAUUGCUCCGGAGAUGUUACCAGGUUACUGUAAUAGUGAAAGUAAAUGUUGGAUUGUUGGCCUGUCUGUCUGUGUUGCGUGCAGUACAGUUCAGUCUAGCUAGUGUAGCUACGGCAUCAUCAGUGUUAAAAAAUAACAGAAAAUAUUCUGCACUUUUAACAUUGACUCAAAAAGACUUAAGUACUUAUCUCAACUCGAGCUUGUGUCCGCUCGUGUGCGCAUGUGUGAGGGACUAAAUGCUGCAUGUGUCCAGUGUGUGAGUGCGUGUGAGUGUGUGGUGGCAGGAUGUGCUUCUGAAUGUGAGCAUGCGUGUGUUUUAAGUGUGUGUGUGUGCAUCUGGAAAUCCGGGUUUAGACAUUUGGUGGUUAAUUUGAUUUGUGGGGUUUUUUCUCAUGUCAUGUGUUCAGUGCUUACUGUUUAUAAAAGUUUCUU